ACAGUGCUUAGGGAAGGGGAGGAGCAUGGCUAUCUUCAACACAAAGGAAUUUGCUCUGUGCAUCAGACUGGCUCAGUGAGAACGAAGAGGAAAGAACAUGGGCUUUUUGCUUCCAAUCCUUCUGGCUUUGCUAGCCUCUGUCCUGGGAGGCCUCUACUUCCUUGGGGCCUUCAGGCAGCGUCGACCCGGUGAACCCCCACUGGACCGGGGCCCAAUCCCCUGGCUGGGCCACGUCCUGGAGUUCCGUAGGGACACUGCAAUGUUUCUGGAGAGGAUGAAGAGGAAGCAUGGGGAUAUUUUCACCAUACAGCUGGGAGGAUUCUAUUUCACAUUCCUCAUGGACCCUCUGUCCUUCGGGACGGUCGUGAAGGAGGCUCGCGCCAAGCUGGACUUCACCGAAUUCGCAAAGCAGCUGGUGCAGAAAGUGUUUGGUUACCACUCCAUGGAGAAUGACCACAAGUUUCUGCAGAUGUCCAGCAACAAGCACCUGAUGGGGGAUGGUUUAGUGGUAAUGACACAGGCCAUGAUGAGCAACCUACAGAAUCUAAUGCUGCACAGUGUAGGGACAAAGCAUGAUAAAAAUAAGACCUGGAAUGAGGAUGGCUUGUUCAACUACAGCUACAAUAUUGUCUUCAGGGCAGGCUACCUGGCUCUGUUUGGUAACGAGACACCCAAAUCCACGGGGAGCUUAGAGAAAGCCAAAGAGGUCGACAGAGAGGAGUCCCAGGAGCUCUUCCGUGAGUUCCGUAAGUACGACCAGCUCUUCCCCAAUCUGGCCUACGGGGUCCUGCCUCCGGGGGAGAAGAGGGAGGCAGAGAGGCUGAAGAGGCUGUUCUGGAACAUGCUGUCAGUGCAGAAGGUGAGGACUAAGGAUAACAUCAGUGGCUGGGUGCGCGAGCAGCAGCAGGUGAGGGAAGAGCAUGGCAUGGAGGACUUCAUGCAGAACAGGUACAUGUUCCUCCUCCUCUGGGCCUCCCAGGGGAACACCGGCCCUGCUGCCUUCUGGCUUCUCCUUUACCUCAUGAAGCACCCAGAGGCCAUGAAGGCUGUGCAGGGGGAGGUGGAGGAGGUGCUGAAGGAGACAGACCAGGAGGUGAAGCACGGUGGACCCCUCAUCGACCUGACCCGGGACAUGCUGCUGAAGACGCCCAUUCUGGACAGCGCUGUGGAAGAGACCCUCCGCCUCACUGCUGCCCCUGUCCUCACCAGGGCCGUGCUCCAGGACAUGUCCCUCAAGAUGUCUGACGGGAAUGAGUACCGCAUCAGGGAGGGAGACAGGGUGGCCCUCUUCCCUUACACCGCUGUUCAUAUUGACCCAGAGGUCCACCCCGACCCACUCACCUUUAAGUACGACCGCUUCCUGACCCCAGAGGGGGGUAAAAAAACAGAUUUUUACAAAGGUGGGAAGAAGUUGAAGUACUACAACAUGCCGUGGGGUGCUGGGAUCACCAUGUGCCCUGGGCGCUUCUUUGCCACCAACGAGCUGAAGCAGUUUGUCUUCCUCAUGCUCACGUACUUUGACUUUGAGCUCAAGAACCCAGAGGAAAAGAUACCUGAUAUUGACAUAAAGCGCUGGGGCUUUGGGUCCAUGCAGCCAACCAAAGACAUCCAGUUUAGAUACAGACUCAGGUUUUAAAACUGAGUGACUGACACAAACCAGCCUUUAGCAACACUUUGAAUGUAAAUGUCAAUUUUCCGAGCUGUUAAUCUGAUGUUGAUUAUUAUAAACUAGCUUGUGCCUAAACAUGACUUUAUCUAGAGUGCAUAGUACAGCAACAAGUGGUACAGUAUUACAAUACUGGAUAUAAUUCUUGUAUUUAUUAGAGGAAAAAUCAUCAACUUUGUCUCUCAAAAAAAAAAAUCUUUAAGGAUUAGUUUUGAGUCAGCUGGAAAGCAGACAUUGGAACAUGGAAAGCUGACAUGAGCAGAAAGAAAUAAAGACUGUAAAGCUGGUUUACAGAUAGUAUUAGAAAUGCACAGAUGUUCAGAACCAACUGCAUGUAGGAGUUGAGUUGACAAUUAUUUUAAGAUACUGCUGUGUACUAGAUUGCAGGGGCCUACCCACUGGGGAGCCAGGCCCACACACUGAGGAGCCAGGCCCAGCAAAUCAGAUUGUACUUUAUUAGGGUUCAUAGCUUUCACCAGGAUUCACCUGGUCGGUCUAUAUUAUGGAAAGAGCAGGUGUUCCUAAUGUUUUGUACACUCAGUGUUUGUCACAGUGCUUCUAUGGCUAUAUACACUAUGCCACUGCCAAUUUUAUUUGUUCAUUUAGCAAACAAGACAGCUCAUCAUCUUGCAAUAUAAGAACCAUUGCUCUUUGAAUAACAUUGUAAUGUUAAGCAUUACAUCUUUGUGUUUUUUUCCUCCUGUCAAAUGUAAUAAAAUAUGCUUUUAAAGCCUUGAUUA